AUGACUGUUUUUAUAUGCUCCCUCUUCCUCCCCAAGACGAUACAGUUCCGCCUCCCGGGAACGCCCCCGCAAAGAAGCGAAGCAAAACGUCGAAAGAGUAGACCGACGCCGCUGUCGACGCUACCGACGACGGCGCCGCCGCCGAGCCUCUUCAGUGAACGAGCGGACCUCACACCGCCCGAUAGCCCUGUCGACGAUGAUCCCUCGAUGAACCCGUUUUCCCCCGAGGAUGGCCCUCGAAUUUCGUUUCCGCGCGCCACAGGCUCGCCCAGCGAUGCUGGAGUCCCCUCCUGGGGACCCCGUGCCUUCCAGAUCCCUUCGGGCGCCAACUCGCCAUCGCGAACCGAAAUCUUCGAGCGCAACAGAGCUCUCGACAAGGCGCGCGACCUGGGUCGUCGCGGCAUCUUUCAGCCCCUCUCGAUGAUUCGAAGCGAUAGCUCCGACAGGGUAUUUUCCGUCGCGCCCUGGAAGGUUGUCGAUGCCGACCAGGGCAACGGCGGCCUCCGCAACGCCGCCGAGGCAGCUGCCCGCGACGGCAUGCUUCGCGGGUACACGUGGGUCGGCACUCUCGGCAUGCCGACGGACGCCUUGGAGGGCACGCAGCAGAAGCAGGACAUCGAGAGCCGGCUCGCCGCCGAGCAUGACAUGCUCGCCGUCUUCUGCUCCGACAAGGACUUUGACGGUCACUACAGCCACUUCUGCAAGCAGAUACUAUGGCCCGUCUUCCACUACCAGAUCCCCGACAAUCCGAAGAGCAAGGCGUUCGAGGACCACUCGUGGAAGUAUUACGUCAACGUGAACCAAUCCUUCGCCGACAAGAUCGUUGGCAGCUGGAAACGGGGCGACGUCAUCUGGAUCCACGACUACCACCUCCUCCUCGUCCCCAGCAUGGUUCGCCAGAAGCUCCCCGAGGCCAAGAUCGGCUUCUUUCUGCACGUCGCCUUUCCCUCGUCGGAAGUCUUCCGCUGCCUCGCCGUCCGGAAGGAGCUUCUCGAGGGCAUGCUGGGCGCCAACCUCAUCGGUUUCCAGAUUCACGAGUACAGCCGGCACUUUCUGCAGACGUGCAGCCGUCUGCUCACGGUCGAGGCCACGCCGGAUGGCCUGCAGCUCGAGGACCGCUUCGUCGACGUCGUCAACCUCGCCAUCGGCAUCGACACGGUGAACCUAAACAAGCACCGCCGUGAGCAGGACGUCAUGCGCUGGCUCGGCAUCCUGCAGGAGCGCUACGAGGGCAAGAAGCUCAUCGUCGCCCGGGACAAGCUCGACCACGUGCGAGGCGUGCGGCAGAAGCUGCUGUCGUACGAGCUGUUCCUCAACCAGAACCCCGAGUGGCGGGAGAAGACAGUCCUGAUCCAGGUCGCCCUCUCGUCGAGCGAAAAGACGGAUCUCGACGCGACGCUAUCCGACAUCGUGACGCGCGUCAACUCCUCGUGGGCGACCUUGGCCUACCAGCCGGUCGUCUAUCUCAAGCAGGAUAUCGAUUACGCGCAGUAUCUGGCCUUGCUCACCAUCGCCGACGCUCUGAUGAUCACGACGCAGCGCGAAGGCAUGAACUUGACUUCCCACGAGUACAUAUUCUGCCAGGAUGGCCAAGUCUACCCGCCCCAGAGGCACGGCUCUCUCAUCCUGUCGGAAUUCACGGGCACGUCGUCAUUGUUCAAGAAGAAGGAGCUCUCGGUGAACCCUUGGGACUAUCGUCAGUGCGCCAACGCCAUCAAGCAGGCGCUGGAGAUGGGCGAGGAGGAAAAGAAGGCUCGGUGGGAGAGCCUGUACGAGGCGGUGACGAGCCACUCCGGAUCCCGCUGGAUCGCCGGCUUCCUCUCGCGCUUGGAUCGAGCCUACGAUGAGCAGCACAAGCGCGACCAGACGUCGGUCCCGCGCAUGUCGAUACCGGCCAUCGCCUCGAGCUACGAGCAGUCGAGCCAACGGCUGUUCAUCCUCGACUACGAAGGCACCCUCGUGAAGUGGGGCCCCGUCAACCAAAUCAUCCCCGUCAGCCCGCAGCGGACGCUGGACGUGCUCAACGACCUGCUUCUGGACGAACGAAACGUCGUCUAUGUCAUGUCCGGCCGCCGACCGGAGGAGCUGGAUCGCGUAUUUCGGCGGGUGCCCAACCUCGGGCUGAUCGCCGAGAACGGCUGCUUCAUCAAGGAUCACGGCUCCGAACGUUGGGUGGAGCUGACGGACAACAGCCGGACCGAGGACUGGAAGCAGUCGGUGAAGCCCAUCAUGACCUACUUCCUCGAGCGGACGCCCGGCACCGAGAUCGAGGAGCGGCGCUGCAGUCUUCUCUUUCACUACGACGGAGCCGAAGAUUACGAGACGGCGUCCCGGCAGGCGUCCGACUGCGCGAGCCACGUGAACGACGCUUGCGAGUCACAGCGCGUCCAUGCCAUUGCCAUGGACGGUGCCAUCGUCGUUGAGCCGACCGACUUCAACAAGAGCACGGCAGCGCAGAAGGUGUUUGAAGAGCUCAGCGCUCGUGCCGAGAGCGCCGUCGACUUUCUCAUGGUCGUGGGCGACGGCCGCGAAGACGAAAAGGUGUUCAAGUGGGCGAACAAGCUGCAUCAGGCUGGUUCGGUGGAGCGGGUGGUGACGGUGAGCCUCGGGGACCGCAGCACGGAGGCUGCGUCCACCUCGACGCAGGGUGUGAGCGGCGUGCUAAGCUGCCUGCGGCGACUUGCUUCGGCGUAG